UGUGAUCUGCCGUGGACAGAUACAUGCCUGCACAGUAGGUGGCAGUGUGAUCCAUCCAGAUCUGAUGUGUUAUUUCCUGUGAGCAGUGAAGCGGAAGAAGAGCAGCAGGCAGCCGAAGGCAAUCCUGUGCAGACAUUUGAUCCCAAAUAUUAUAAACCUAUGACGGUGUUUGUUGUGAGAGCUGGGGAUCAUGGCCAGUAAGAAGAAGGUUAUAGUGACAGGUUUUGAGCCUUUUGGAGAGCAUGCAGUCAACUCCAGCUGGGUGGCAGUGCAGACGCUGGAGCGAUUAGGUCUGGGUGAGGCUGUAGAGCUGCAUGUGUGUGAGGUGCCUGUCGAAUACCAGGCUGUUCAGAGUCUGCUGCCGUCACUGUGGAGAGAGCGCCAACCACAGUUAGUCGUCCAUGUCGGUGUUUCUGGAUUAGCGACCACGGUCACUCUAGAGCAGUGCGGCCACAACAGGGGCUACAUACGUCCGGACAACAGCAGCUUCUGCCCGGCCUCAGAGUGCUGCAUGGAGGACGGCCCCGACUGCAUCAGCUCAGUGCUGGACAUGGAGACAGUCUGCAAAAGGGUCAACAACUCUGACAUCGGGGUGGCUGUGUCAGUAUCGAAAGAUGCUGGAAGGUAUCUGUGUGACUACACUUACUACAGAUCUCUGUACCUGGGGCGGGGCCACUCGGCCUUUGUCCACGUGCCUCCUUUAGGGAAACCCUACAGCCGCCAGGACCUGGGUCGAGCCCUGCAGGCCAUCAUACAGGAGAUGCUCAACCUGCUGGAGAGGGACUGUACAGAAGACGAGACACACAUACACAAUGAUCACUGCAAUCACAAGCAUCAACACCAGCAUGAGUACCAAUGAGUGAUUCACAACCUGAACAGAGUCAGAUUAACAACAUUCAGGAAGGACCACUGGCUUGUAGUAAUGGUUUCAUCAAUAUAAAUGUAAAGGCACAUUUUAAUUUGGUUUUGCUGCUUAGAAAGUUUACAAGCUGUGAAUUUUACACACACUGAUGACACAAGUAGUUGGCAUCAGUGAGUUUUUGUUUUGUCAGCCUCAGAUUAUCCAAAAGACUGUGAAACUCACCAUCAUUUACCAGUGUUCAUGAAAAAGGGGAUUUCUUUUCUACUAUAACAACAUAUAAUCACCCGUAGCAGCCAACUAAUACGAUAGUGUCUAUGACAAUAGGUUUUAUGAUGUUACACUGUGGGAAUUCUUACUGUUCUCCACUUUUCCUAAUCCUCCCUGUAUGAUUUUUGAGUAAUGUUGUAAUUCACUGUUAUUGCUUAUGUUUUUUACCAGAGAAAUGAGAUGACUACAAAAUGAAGUGAACUUGAAGAAAUAUAAAGAUUCACACUUAUAAUCGUUUGUUAAUCUCAGGGAAUAUUUGCACUUGCAAUCUGUGCUUGCAGUUCGAUUAACUGGAUGUGUCUGUCCUGUGUGUGUAGUGGAGCUUUACAAAGCAAAGCCACCCUAAAUCUGUUUAUAAUUAAAACACUUAAAUCACA